ACUGACGUUUUACGUUGUCUUUGGGAACACGUGAAUGAAUUACAAUUCAAUAGAUACGGUUUGUCUGUCAAAUAUCUGAAUUGUGACACGGUAUUUACUUUAAAAUUCUGUUAUAUUUGGUUACGGAUGUGUGCAAUGAUACCGUCGGUAUCAAAUUCAACUUCCCAAGAUUCUCGACUAAGAAACUCGAGAAACCUGUUCACAAAAAUCAUGCACCAUGCUUCCUUUUUCCACGCACUUCUAAUGUAUAUUGUAAUAUAUUAAUUUUAAUAUCAUUCCGAUAUUUCUGCGGCAUCAAUCUUUAAGAGACUGCAGCUCUGUGAUGUCAUAAUUGCCGCCGCUUUUAUUUUUUAUGCAAAGAUUUAAUUCACAAACAAUGUAAUCCAGUGAAUUUAUUAAUAGUCUCUCUCUGUUAAUAAGAUGAGCAAAGCCUACACAUGGCAGUAGUAUAUGUUGAUGUAAUCAAAGAUGCCACUUCUUAAGGACCAACGCUUCCGUUGAAGUGUUUGAGUUCAAGAGGCCUGCUAAGGCACAAUGAAAGCCAUUGUAUCAAUUACACUGGUCGUGCUACUGUGUGGGAUAAACUCAGCACCCAUUAAUGCCAUUCGAUUAUGUGCCAGCAGAAAGAAAAAUAUUGAAAAUCUUUCUUUAAAACAACAUAUACCCAGUGUACCUGAAAAUAUACCCAAUAACAGUAAUGUAGCUCAUACCAUAACUGAUGAUAAUAUUAAAUUUGAGGAGUGUACCAACUUUUGUCAUGCACUAUGGCAAGAAGAAAAGACUGCAAAUGGAACAGAAAUAAUCAUUUUAUCCCAAGGUUGUUGGAAACAGUCUGGUGAACAAAAAUGUGAAACUUCAGAAUGUAUUGCUCUUCAACGUUCUACCAAAGCAUUGAACAAUACAAAAUUUUGUUGUUGUCAUGGAGAUUAUUGUAAUCUGAAUAUUAAUAGUACUAAUCUUCUAUAUUCUGAAAAUAAAGUGCAUAAUUCUAUUACUACAGAAAAUAAUCAACCAACAACUGAAUAUUUGGAACAAUUAGAUUCUGGAAGAUGGAUGAUUAUCAUAACAAGUGUCCUAGUUUGCAUAUUAUUAGUGAUAUGCAUUUUAGCAUUAAUGAUAUAUCGUAUGUACCAUAUGAAUAUGUUAGCAAGAUUAGGGAAACCACUUUCUUACACAGAUCAGUUUUUGGACAGUACAGCACUAAGAACUGGUACUUAUACAGUGGAUCAUUUGAAACUUACAACGAUUGUGGGACAAGGAAGAUAUGGUUCAGUGUGGCAAGGUAGUAUGGGAGAUCAAGAUGUUGCUGUAAAAAUAUUUCCUUCUCAUUAUCGUAAUUAUUUUCAAAAUGAACGAGAUACUUACUGCCUCCCAUUCAUGGAACACCCAUCUUUACUAAGCUAUUAUGGUGUGGAUGAAAGAGUAAGCAUGGAAGGCAGCGUUGAAUAUCUUUUGGUACUUAGUUUUGCACCAGGUGGUACUUUGACUGAUUUCUUAAGAACUCGUACAGUUGAUUGGCCCACAUUUUGUAAAAUGGGUCUCUCUAUGGUAAAAGGACUUGCUUACUUACAUACUGAUAUACAUAAAAGUGAUAAGUUUAAGCCUUGUAUCGCGCAUAGAGAUAUUAAUUCACGGAAUAUAUUAAUCAAAGCCGAUGGUACUUGUUGUAUUUGUGACCUGGGGUUGGCAGUUCAAAUCUCUGGUUCUAAAUACUAUUCCAAUGGAGAGGAGCAACAUGCGGAAAUAAAAUCAAUCAACGAUGUCGGCACUUUAAGAUACAUGGCCCCGGAAGUAUUAGAAGGUGCUGUUAAUUUACGAGAUUGUGAAAGCUCUUUAAAACAAAUAGAUGUUUACGCAAUGGGUUUAGUAUUAUGGGAAUUAGUUUCACGAUGUUCCGACAUCUAUAUGCCAGGCUCAGAAAUACCUAUAUACAGACAACCGUACGAAAAAGAAAUUGGACUUCACCCGACAUUCGAACAAAUGCAAGUGUUGGUAUCUCGUAAUAAAGCUAGACCUUUAUUAGAGGGUAGUUUAGUGGACAGACCCGGAGUACGUUUGAUUAGGGAAACGAUGGAAGAUUGCUGGGAUGCAGAUGCAGAAGCUAGAUUAACUGCUUUAUGUAUAGAAGAACGUCUUUCGGAGCUACAAUCUCAUCGUGUGACCAUGCACUUCACCGAUGGGAGUCCAAUGGUUAAUUCCCAUUGCACCUUAGUGCCUUCAACUACGAACAGUCUUUACAGCGAAACUUCUCAUCACGAUAACGUUCACGUCGGUCACCUGUCAUUGCACAUGGUACAAGAUAGUACAAGUAACGAUGGUAUUGUUGAAAAUUUAGUAACAUUAUCACCUUCGGAAAGCAUUGUUCACGAACAUAGUUUUAAAAAUUCAAAUGAAGUCGCAAUAUACAAUCAUGCUCAGACACUUCAACCUUAUCAAGGACGUAAUCCUUGCAUGGAAAGAAAUUUAAUGUUACAGUCGGACUCGUUCGAAGAGUUAGGGUGUAACGGCAAUGUACUCGUUGACAAAUCUAUGAAACAUGCAUGUAACGAUCAAUACAAAAUUGUAUCUGAAGCGCAAGGGCUCGUUUCUCAUGAUUACUUGAGUCAACACACAACGCAAAUGACACAGCUGAGACCAGCAACGCCUAUACCAUACGUUCAAAAUGUUAUCUCUGAUGAUGGUACCACAUCGUACGGUAAACGCAAACAAACAAAUGUGCAUGAAGUUUGUGCUCAAGAGAGCCCUAGGAAGAAAUUGUUUGGAUGGCCGAAUCUUAAAAAGUUACUCGUAAAUAAAAAGAUGUACACUUACAAUAAAUACCAAAUAGACAGAGAAGAUUCUAAAUCGAAUUUACUAUCCAAACAAAACGUGCAAAUCAAAACAGUUGAAACGAACGUAACGAUAUCACCUGGAGGAAAGUAUGUGAAUGGUAUUAUCACUAAGGCACCGGCAUCGACCAUUCCAUUAGAUAAAAAUGAUAAAAAUGCUGUACAAGUUGGAAAACAAAAACUAGAUAAUGAUAAUAAUACGAAUACUCGACCGUCUAGUCUGCCUCUUGUCAAUUUAAGAAAUAAAAAAAGCGAAAACAAUCUCAGUAGACAGGAGAGUAUCGAUAAAUUCAACGAAGUUUUUAACGUCGGAUCUAACGUAAACGUAUUAAAGGAUCCACAUAUGAGAAUAAAGACGCCAGGGGACUUACCACCCUCUGUAAGAAAGAUUCGUGGUCGUGGGCAAUCAACCGCAAGAUUUUCUCUCUACGACGAUCGAAUGAUGUGCAAUAUUUUAAGCGAGGAGGACGACCGUAGCGAUAAAGCCAUUUGGAAUUCUGUACCGUUCGGUAUGGAUUUCGGCGACAACGAUGACAAACAUUCGCCGACUAAACUUAGUACCAAAAAUGUUACUUGCUUUUAAUCGGAUAUAAUAUUAAUGUAUUUGUAAAGGUCAUUAACUCUAAGUAUAGUAACGGCUGUAGUUUAACUUCAGCAUAAAUAUAUGUAUGUACAGAAAAGAAAAUUUAUAAGAAUAAGACAGAUUUUAUACUCUUUACGAAAACACAUUAUCAACAUUCAAGUAUUGAAACAAAUAAAAAGAAUAAUGAAACGUAAAAAAACGCAGCAUGUACUGGAAUAUCAUUAAGGCAUUGAAGGGGGUAUUCCAUGUAUUGUAUUAAUUAUUUAACCCUUGCAAAUAUAUUUUGUGCUUAUACGAUCUUUUAAUUCAAAAUCAGAACAUGCUUAAGAGAACUGCGUUAAUCUUGUGUAAUUAGGAAGCUACUUAUGAAUAUUGUAUUAGUGUCACUCUUAAUAUUUUCUAUGUUCAAAUUAGUAACGUACAAUUCAUUAGAAACGCAUUUUGAUAAAUGUAAUGAAUGUAAAUCACGAUUCUCAUUGUGUGCAUGUAUUUAAAUCGGAUAUUCAUGGUCCAUUGAAUUACGCACGAUUGAUCAAAGACAAUCAGUGUUGUUAUUUAUUAAAACGUAAAUUAUUAGUAUCAUUCGCGAUAUUUAAUUAUUUUCUUCAUAGUCCUUUGAAUUUACUUUGAUAAAGUGUAUAAUGUAUCUCUAAACUUGUACCUUUGAGCCUAACAAAAAAAAAAUUAUUAAUAUUGUUAAAAUAAUGUUUAUACCGAUUUAUAUGUUUUAUAGACAAUUAUUUUUUAAAUACAUUUAGAUACUUGAUUAGUUUUUUAGGGAGAAGGUAAUUAUGACAUUUGUAAUACAUUAAGUCGUGCAUUGGAUAUAAUGACAAUUUUUAUUGAAAAAAAAAGAAUGUAAAGAUGAAUUUUACACUUGAGCACAAAAUAUAAUUGUUUAAAUUCUAUAGUUUUACAUCCUGGCUUUGUAAGCUCAAUGUAAAUAUCUGUAGCAUAAAAAUUUAAUGUAUUCGUUAAAUAAGCUUGUUGUGUUUUAUUUUGUCAAG